GACGAAAGUUUUCUAAAACAUUAGUGCUGGUAAAGGAAGAGAAAAGCCAAGAUCUACCGAGAAGAUACUAUCGUGAUUUUGUAUACAUCUAUUCACAUAGCUUCAAAACCUAAGAAACUGAAAAUGAUAGAAUUCAAUGAUGCAGUCAUACUAGAAACUGGUAGAUCAAGCAGGAACACAUUGGCAAGUAUGUAAUUUAACAAAGUGAAGUAACACGCCCUAAUAGACACUUACGAAAUCAAGAUUGCAUGCGGUGGAUGAAGAGUAUCUACUAUUCUUAAAUACACAGAAAGCCAUCUCCAAAAACGACUUUAAAGAAUGAAUAAAAAUGAAACAUUCUCUGUUGACAAUACAGUGGGUCUGGAAAUAAACUAAAAGAUUUUGAACUUUUAUGGAUUUGGAAAAAGAAAAGCAUCUUGAAAUUAAACAUUCGAGAAAUGUCAUAAUGGCAGUUGACAAAAUAUUUUGAAAUAAAUGACAACGAGAAUAAUACUAAAGUAAGUAAAAGGAAGAAUAAAAGCAGGAAAGAAAAUAAUGAAAUAUAAAAUCAAGAAACAAAGAAAAGAACAAACAGUUCUUUGGCAGAUCCAAUUAAUAGGGAAACUCCUAGCAAAACUAACCAAGACAGAAAGAGAAAAGGCGUUAAGUAAGUAAUGUUAGCAACAUAAAGGAGCCAUAACCAGGUGGACCAGACAUUUAAAAAGAACCAAUGUGGCAUACUAAAAUCAGUGUUUUGAAUGUAUUUGAACCUAGCUGGCACAAAUAAUUUUGUGUGGUUUGAGCUGGUGAAACAAAUAGCUACUCAAUAAAUUGAAACAGUGGUUGAGAAUCCCCCGCCCCAGUGAAAAGGGGAGCCACGAUUUGAUUCACGACAAAUGGAGUCUGUGAAAUGGCAAAACAGUUCCCAUAACGGACGUUAGUAAAAUUAGAAUAUAAAUACAGAUUUUGAAUGAGUGAAUAAUAUUGCUACCAUGUCAUGGAGUCACUGGUUUCCCCUCAUUACCCAUGAUUUCUGUCUUAUUCUCACUGAGCUUCUAAUGGACCGCCCAUAAAUUUCAGCAGCGCACGUCCUGUCCCAUAGGACUUCAAUGACUCGGGGAGCUCUUCUUGUGGCUCUGCUUUGCAUCGUUGUGUCUGUGGGCAUGUACAGUUCCAUCAGCUGGCCUGCAGACUGGCUGGGGUGGCCCCCCAUAGCCCCCACAGCCACCCUCCCCCUGCAAAGCCCAGCGUAGUGCUUCCCCCAGAAGUGUGAGAUCAAAUGGAAGGCUGAGAGGAUGCAUGGCCAUCACCUCUUGCCCCGCAGAGACCAGCAGUCAUGAGCUAUGACCUUACAGAGUCAGUCCCUGCUGCCUGCAGCCCCAGUUGGCACACUGAUGUGGUCAAGGGCAGACAGGCAGAGAGCUUCGCCUCCCUCUGUUGUGCCACAGCUCAGGUUUCAGCCUUCCAAAUAUAAGGUGUUCCCGGGGGUCCCAGAGCACACCCACCUUCCCUGCAGAGUGCUCUUGGCCUGAGGCACUCAGUCCCUCCUGGAUCACUACCACUCUUUCCGUGUGUGUUUUCUCAGGAAACCUGAAAACACGUUUAUUUCAGAAGAACAAAUUGGAGAAAAUAGGGAGAAGAAUGGCGUCAGUUCCCUCCAUUGGUUGCCUGCUGGCCAGAAAUCAGUAUUAUCGAAAGGCCAGCAUUUCUUCAGUUAGCUCUUUAAGCGGCUCUGAUUCUGUUAACGUCAUACCUGAUGACAAAUCCCAACAAGAGUUACCAAAAGUGGCAGAAUCCGACUGGUGGUUUAAAUCCUUUUUCCAUUCUGAACCAGAGCUUUCAGAUGUAAGAAGAAAAGAUCUGUCUGCCAGUAGCUCUCAUAGUUGAUUCUGACGAUCCAGAAGAUCCUGCCUGCUGAGCUGCUGUAUCUGUGAAGCACACCUUUCAGUACUAAGCUAUUCCAGGUGACUUUCCUUCAUUAUAGGAAGACAGAAACCUGCUGGAGUUCCCAUUUCCCAGACAGGAUCUGCAGACACCCAGACAGCGAAAGUUUAGGCAGUUUCCUCAAAACACAGACGAUUGUGCAAGUGGCAUCAGCAACGUGGAGACUAUGGAGAAGCGUGGCUUUGAAAAGUAACGAGUCUUCAAAUGUAGUGACUUGUAUGAAAUAAACUUUUCCUUACCCA